AUGACUAAGGAUUUCAAAGAAGUCAAUGACAGUAAACAAACUGAUGUGGAACCUGGUAGGCCUAUUGGGACAGAUGUCUGGAGUCCCCUUCCUAUGAACGUUUAUAGGGCAAAUUGGGAUGCCUCUGUUGAUCGAAUAAAUAGUAGAAUGGGGGUUGGGAUGGUGGUCAGAAACUGGGAAGGACUUGUAACAGCAACUCUGAGAUCAUCAAGGAGUUUGUUUCCCGAUGCUAAACUUGCAGAGGCAAUGGCUACACUCAAAGUAGUUCUGUUUUGCAAACAAUUAAGAAUUUCAAGACUAUUAUUAGAAGGGGAUGCUCUCAAUGUAGUUAACGACAUCAACAAAGAGACAAUGGAUUGGAGCUCAGCAGGGCUGAUUAUUCAAGAUAUUAAAACUGAACUCCAAAGUUUGGAAUAUGGGUCUGCUCAGUUCAUCUCUAGGAACUCUAAUUGUAUUGCUCAUUGUUUAGCUAAGGAGGCACUAAAACUCUCUUAG